AUGGGCGACGACGCCACUUCUUCUUCUUCUGCCCCGCACCCGCUGCGUCGGCUCCCCAGCGGCAUGCGCGUGCCCGCCGCCAAUGGCUCGCCAACGUCUGCGUCCUCCGUUCGUCCGCGUCGUCGGGUGCGCGCGCUGGCGAUGAUCCUGGACGACGUGCUGUACGACCACUCGGGGCUGCUGUCCCACCUGGCCAUCGACCGCGGCGUGGCGCAGCUGCUGGCGGAGGGCGCGUUCCCGACCAACGCCGCGGCGUUCGAGGCGCUGCAGACCUUCCGCAACGCCUACGGACUCCGCAAGCGCUUCCCUCGCUUCGUCGACAGCCUCGUGGGGGGUCCUCAAGCCAAGCUCUCGCCCGCGCAAGCGCAGCGCGUCAUCGCCGCCUACUACGAGAGCAAUGUGCCCGAGGCGCGAGGCAUCACGCCCUUCCCGGGCGUACGCAAGACGCUGCUCGAGCUGCAGGACGGUGGGGCCUGUCGUCUGGCGCUGCUGCUGAUUGGCAAGCCGGAGGUGCAGCGCGAACGCCUGAAAGCUCUGGGCGUGGACGACCUGUUCGACCAGGUCGUGUACGUGAGUCCCAACCCGAGCCUGGCUCAGGUAACGAGUGCCAUGAAGCAGCUCGCAAGGCAGCUGGAGGUGCCGGCGUCCGCCGUCACGUUCGUGGGACGCAAGGCCUUCUACGAGAUCAAGGCGGCAAACACUGUCGGGAUGCUCACUGUCCGAGUGCUGUUCGGUAAAUACACGAGUGUGAUGCCCACGGACGAGAUGGAGCAACCGGACUUCCAAAUUGAAUCGAUUGAGCAGCUCGUACCAAUUGUAAAGUUGGCAGACCAGCAGAUGCUGCAGCCCAAAAUCGUGGCUAUCGGUGGUGGCACGGGUUUGGCUGUGCUGCUAAAGGAACUGCGUCACUACCCGGCCGAUCUUACAGCAGUAGUAACAGUGUUCGACUCGGGUCGCCACUCAGGUGCUCUUCGCAAGUACUUGGGUAUCUUGCCGCCCGGUGACAUUCGCAACUGCCUUGUCGCUCUUUCCGACUCCGAUGAACUUUUGAGUAAGUUGAUGAACUACCGCUUCCGCGAAAACUUCAUGGAGGGCUGUAGCCUGGGCAACUUGUUGCUGGCAGCGCUGACCGACCUGCAAGGUGGCUUCGAUCGCGCCAUCUCGUCGAUCUCUGAUAUUCUCAACAUUCACGGUUCCGUGCUACCAGCCACACUUGAAAGUACCGAGCUGUGUGCUGAGCUCACGGACGGCUCCACUGUCAUCUCGGAGGUCAACGUGCGUAAUCCCUUUGUGCCGGACGAAGAGGAUGAACCCCGGUCAGGCACCGAAUCCUCAUCGAGUAGUUCGAGUGGAUCGCCCCCUGCAACGCCCCCGAAGCCUGAGAAGGAGAGGAUCAAGAAGGCGCCGAUCAAGCGCGUGUACCUCGAAAACCCCGACGUUGAAGCCUUCCAGCCUGCAGUGCGUGCCAUCGAGGAGGCUGAUAUCAUCAUCCUCAGUCCCGGUGGCUUCUACACGUCGAUCAUCGCUACACUGUUGGUCCCGGGUAUUCGCGAUGCCAUCGCACGCAGCGCUGGCGCUACCGUUUACGUGAGCAAUGUGACGACGCAGAGUGGCCAGACCGACGACUACACACUCGAGAAAACGCUGGAGGUGCUGUCCACGUAUCUAGGCGCGAACGCUAUCGACUACGUGAUCGCCAACAACACCCACCCGCCGGAAGAUGUUCUAGCGCCGUACGUGGAGCGUGGUGAGGAACUCUUGCUACCUACUCCUGAGAUGGUGGCUAGCAAGCACCCCGUCUUGCUUCAGGGCCAGACGUUCCAAGAAGACCUCGUCGCUGGUCACGUAGCGCGUGAGUGGAAGAAGGCUCCCAUGCUCAAGCACAGCGGCCGUCGAGUUGCUGCUAUUCUCUACACCAUCAUUGACCAAGAAAUGGCGCGCCACCGUCAGCACCAGCAAACUCACUCGGCCUCCAGUGCAGUUGUACCGAGUACAACGAUUCCGAAACGUUUGUGGAGAUCGACCUUCACCGCACCGGCGACAGUGCUGGGUCUACUUGCAGCCACAACGUUGUUGGCAUCCGUUCUUCGUCGGUAA